AAAUGCACUUCCACUGAAACACAAAACAAAACUCACAAAAAUACAAAAAAUAACACAGUCACAAAAUUACAUUCAUACAUUACAUUCACUAUUACAUCCACAUAAUUACAUUCAUAAUAGCUACGCCCACAUAAUUACAUAAUGCCACUGUACAAGCUACCAAAAAUAGAUGAGGAAAAUAAAGCAGGGCCCGUGAACAACUCGAUUUUUCUGCAACCUCCUGUAGGCCUAAACAGCAACAAACGUGUCUCGUUCACCAAGUGGCAAAACAAGGACGAAAGGAAGCUUGGACAAAAACAGCUACCAUCAUGCUUGAUAUCCAGGACUCCCGGACGCAUGCCUGGCGGAGCCAACAAUCCAGCGGAGCGCAAUGUGGGAAGGCUGCCUCGCACUGACAGCGAGUGUCAGUUCAAUGCCCCCGGAUUUGCGUUUCUUAGGGAACAGGACACAACGGUCAACACCCACGAGAUUAAGAUGAGUGCCAGCAUCGUAAUGAAAAAGGAAUUGAAAAAUAAAUGCGAUUUCUUUCCGAAAUAUGUUGACCCAAAACCCUUCAAGGAUCAAAACACCCAGACGCUUUACAGGGAGUCCUCUGCACAGACCCUGCCCUAUUUGCCAGAGGUUUCAGAUGCAGAAGUAGCAGAGACCCUGGAGCUGUUUUCCCUUCCCACUGUAUUGUGCGGUGAUCAACCACCUGGACUUCACGAAGUUGAGAUCUUGGAUCGUGCCAGGAAGCGAUGGUCCUUCAGUAACGCGCUUAAGAUACACUACAAAAGGAUGAAUAAUAGGGCGAGGAAAUUAGCUAUGACCACCAAAUACAAGGCGAUUCUGGAGGCAUUUGAGUGGGAACAGUGGAUCGAGCGGGAGGAGUACAUUCAGGAGUGUCAGAUGAUGCGACUGAACAUUGUGAUCAAGAUGUUUGACAAGCGAGAGAGGGAAAUGCACGCCGCCUCCAAGUCGCGGAUUGAGAGUGCCUGCGAGCGCAUCGAGCAGCGCCGCCAGGCGGGGUUGCGCAAAAACGAGAUCGAAUUCCAGCGGGGAAUGCGACGUCUAGAGCUCCAAGUCACCAAGACCCCGCGGAAGUGGGUUAAGCAGACUCCCAUGCAGGCUCUGGGGUCCUCGUGCUCCGAGUUCUAUGGUCCUAUGAUGAGGCACGGCGUCGAUCCUGCACGUCGAAACUUUGAGACGGUAACCGGACGCAAAGCAUUUGACAUGAGGAUCGACGACCUGGAGAAGCGAGUGAACAUGCGCAAUCUGAAAUGUCCCUUCAGAAAGCUUAAGGACUUGUCUAAACCCAAGGAGUAUGUCCGGGAGUAUGAGCAGAACUUCUGCAAUGAAGCCAAUUUACAGAAGCUCUUCGAGAGCCUGAAAGCGCUCAGAUCCCAGGUCACCAAGGAGAAGGAGGAACCGAAGUGCCUGAGAAAACGAAGGGUGCUAUUAGAUGAAAGAACCAGUUGGGAUGGGGUCACUACCUAUCUCACUGACCUAUACGAUUUCGGUAAUUACACCGAAAAGAAGCACGAACAAGUGAGAGAGGAGAUGAAAAAACCUCCAGGUUACGACAGUAUAGCACCGAGCUAUAUGCUCAAUCUGUUGAAAGUCGAAGGCAAGCUUCAGGAAAUGGAGGCUAUGCUGAACGUAUACGAGGGCUCCUACAUCGGCUGGGUCAUGCAGUUCCUCUCGGAGGAGAUGACCCGCCUUUCCGAACAGCGCAAGCUUCACUUCUUUACGAUUUUAGCCCAGAAGGAGCGCUGGCGCCGUGAGGCAGCCGAGGCGGGAUUGAGGCAAAAGGAGAACGAGUUGAGGAUGAUGUACGAGGAGCUGUUCCAGCAGUCCAACAUAGUCAACAAUAAUGUUUCGAAUGAGUAUAUCGGCCAGAUUCUUCGCAAGGAUAUGUACAAUCUCGUAGAGGGUGAGGCUGCUGCGUCUGUUACGGAAAUGGCAAAGCAAAUUGAUGCGGAUAUUAAGCGCUGGCUGGAGAGCUUCAAGCUGAUCCAGAACCCCCUCACAUUUGAGCUUCUGCGACAUUUACUUGCCGGCAUCGUUUCUCCCGAUUUGGAAGCGGCCCUGAAGCGCCACGAAAGCGUCUUAGUUGCACGGCAUAUAGUCGAGGAUGUGAUCUUUCCAAAAAUGUGGACUACACUGGAUCCGUUUGACAUAGCCACCACAAUGACCAGCGAUCUGAUCAGCCGCCUUAUCGACGACGAUCUCUAUCUACUCUCCUCGGACAGCGAAAGCGAAGGACCGCAUAGACCUUCCUGGCACGAGGCCAAUGCCAUUAUACGAAAGCUCAUUAGACAGGCAGUUCCCGGAAAUCGCUGGAAAGAGGAAACUGAAAGGAUUGUGGCAGAAACCUACAACGAUCUCUUCGAUGAUGUAUUCGCCAACAUUUUCAAUCCUCCGCCGAUCCGUCCCAGCGAUUUGGUUGCCCUACAUCCGACCGUAUCGCAUAAUGUCAUUAAAAUGUCUGACGAUAUUUGGGAACGCGAGGAAUCGCAGUCGUCAAAACAAAAGGCCUCAUCGGGACGAGAAUCUGAAUUUAUUUCCAUGAAUAUUUUGUCCUUAUUAAGGAAAUUUAAAUUUGACAAUGUCACACGGCUGUUGGAAAACCUGGACGUGUACAGGGGUGAUGAGCAGGUAAACGAUUCAGACUUCUUCUUAAAAUCAAUUACGUUAAGUCCGUGGAAGAAGAAAAAAUCUGUAGAAGAAGAUAUAUUUAGCAUGAGAAGCAGCCUUUGUUUAAGCAAACAUAGCGAUUUGAAGUCGCUCAAGGGUAGAGGCUAUCGAGUGAUGCUGCCAUCGGGCCGGGAAAAGAAGUCCGCUAGCGAGAAAGAUACGGAUGGUGUACCCAUGCAAACAUCAAGUGCUGAUUUCAUAAAUAGUCUAUUAAUUGAUAUAGGAGAAGAUGCAGAAGAUUUACUGGCUUCUGAUUUAGAAGCGAUUUCAACUUCACCUGACGCGAUGCAAGAAUCAUCAACCAUCUCAAAAUUGUCCAGGCCAGGUACAGGAGGAGAUGAAGAAGAUGUGCCAGCUUCUGAUUCACAAGCUGUUUCAAAUUCACAUGACGCGAUGCAGGAACCAUCACCCAUCUUAAAACUGUCUAGGCCAAGUACAGGAGGAGAUGCAGAAGAUGUGCAAGCUUCUGAUUCACAUGUAGUUUUAAAUUCAAAUGACGCGUUACAGAAACCAUCAAAAAUGACUGGGCCCAAACCAUUUACCACAAGCACCUCAGCUUUUCAGAUACAUCCGUCUGCCUCAACACCGAUAGAAUCGGAAUCAUUGGGCUAUGAAACCAGCACGCAAGACUAUUCAAUUUCUGAUCCUAACCGAGACUAUAAACGUGAUGGGUCCAUGGUUUUAAAAGCUUUUAAAGACCCAAAACGAUAGAUUUGGCAAAUAAGAAGCACCAUCAAUCUCACGCAUCUCAAUAUUGAAUCAAUAUCAGUAUAUGUAUUGAUGUACAAAUUAAAUUGUUUUAAAAAUUGACAUCAUGAAGAGGAAAAAUCUCGAUAGAUUUUUUUUGUAAUGAAGGCACAAUAUCACCCCAAAAAUCAGUGCCAUGUAAAUUAUAUAAAUAUGUUUCAUCU